AUGGAGUUUGAGACUCUUCUGGCCUUGAUAGGAACCCAGUUAAUAAAGAUAUGGCCCGAACUCAGUGUUGCAAUCUUUUGCCUCCUCUCCCUAAGAUGGUACCACACACACAAGAACGAGGUGUUGAUGCACUGGCCCAUCCUCGACGUAUACCCGUCUAUCCUCGCAAACGUCCACCGCAUUCAUCACUGGAUCGUCGACAUCGCCAACAAGAUCAGCUGCACUAUCGUCGCAAGAGGGCCGGUAUUCGGGCGCCUGGAUGUAGUGUUGACGUCCGACCCCCGGAACGUAGAUUACAUCCUCAAGACUAACUUCUCCAACUUCCCCAAGGGCCCUCAGUUGAAGGAGGCCUUCGAUCUGCUUGGAGACGGAAUUUUCAACGUCGACGAUGACAAAUGGCGUUUACAGAAGAGGCUGGCACACGUCGCCUUGGUGUCCAAGGAGUUCCGGAACUUCACCGGUGCGGUGACCAGGAAGUUGGUGCAGGAUGCACUCCUCCCCAUAAUGCUUCACGCUGCGAAACAUGGCACCAUUCUGGAUCUGGAGGAUCUGUUCAUGAGGUUCGCAUUCGACAGUGUAUUUACUGCUAUCUUUGGCAGAAGCCCAAACUCCCUAUCCUUGAGCUCUCCCAGUAAUGAACUUGCCGAAGCCAUCGACGAUGGGACGGAAGGCAUAUUCUACAGGCAUGUCAUGCCCAGAGGGCUGUGGAAGCUGUUGGGUUGGCUGAAGGUUGGCAGCGAGAGGAAAAUGAUCGAGGCCCGAAAGACCAUAGAUCAUCACUUGUUGCAGCAUAUUUCGUUUAAGAAAGAGGAAAUGCGUGAAGGAAUACAGAGUAGUGAUUUAAUAGCUAUGUACUUGACUACUCAAGCUCAACGUGGAGAAACCAGCAUUCACAGUGAAGAAUUCCUUCGAGACACGUCGUUGAGCUUCCUGUUUGCGGGGCGGGACUCGACGGGCACGUCGCUCGCUUGGUUCCUGUGGCUAGUUUCUACGACCCCGCACGUCGAGGCAAAGAUAUUGGAAGAGUUAAAGCAGGUGAAGAAAAGGAAAGAAGAUCCGGAGGGUCUCGGCGCGCGCGGCACAGCUGAACCAGCAGAGUGGCCUUGGGUUUUUGACUCGGAAGAUCUGAAAGAGCUGGUGUAUCUGCAUGCAGCUAUGUGUGAGUCUUUGAGGCUCAACCCACCACUCCCUCUCACCCGAAGAGGGGUUGUGAAAGAAGAUGUUCUCCCUGAUGGAACCACUGUGAGACCAGGGCAGAAGAUACUUAUCUCAAUGUACGCCAUGGGAAGGCUGGAGUGGCUGUGGGGGAAGGACUACCAGGAGUUCAAGCCAGAGAGAUGGGUUGAUGACAAGGGGAGAAUAAGCCAGGAUGCCAUGUCCAAGUUCUACCCUUUCACAGUCGGACCCAGAGCUUGCCCAGGUCGGAACAUGGCCUUUACCCAGAUGAAAUCCGCCGCUGCAGCCGUACUCUUCAAUUUCUGUAUUGAGGUUGUGGAGGGACAGAUCGUCAACCCAAUGUCGUCAAUAGUUCUCCACAUGAAGAAUGGAGUAAGAGUGAGGAUAAAACAAAGGGUGUGGUAG